AUUGGUUUUUUUAAUUAUUAAGAAUUUUAUUAGACCGCGUUAUCUAACAAGGAAGUAAACUGUCGUAAAACGAAACGGCACUGUUAGUAACAUAACAAACGUCAAUCGCUUCGCGAGUUCGCGAGACAUUUCUAAUUUGAUAACAAAAACUAAUUGAAACAACAAUAAAAUUAUGUUUUCCUGAUAAAAGCAAGACUCAAUACCAUAAGUGUAUAUCGUACCACCGUUUGUGAUGCAUUUGAUACAUAGUUAAUAAGUGAUUUUAGUUAAUUCCUCGUGUUAUUACAAACCAAUCAGGAGUAUCAGUGGCAAUGUAUACACUGUGGCACAAGCGCGGAAUAUAACGUUGUGGAAGGAACUCCCUGGACCGGUUCAGCCCUUCGUAUGGCCUAUCGGCACCUUGAUUCCAGCAGGCUACAAAAUGACUGACUACAAUGUUAGGAUAGCGGCGGAAUCUCUGCUGGGAGGCAGUUCGCAGUAUAGGACAUUAUCUCAUUCACAAUCUGUCAACCUGGUGACAGAGGACCUAGUGGCAGGCCACCGGCCAGAUGGCAGGAUGUCCACUGUCAGGCGGUUUUUCUGUCUGUUCGUUACCUUCGAUCUGCUGUUCACGAGUCUCAUGUGGCUCAUAUGUGUUAUGAUGAAAGGCGAGACGCUAGAGCAGAUACUAAACAGAGAAAUAGUACAUUAUAACAUUAAAGUGUCUCUAUUCGACAUAGUUCUGGUGGCGAUAUGUAGAUUUUUCUUAUUGCUAUUAUUCUACGGCGUGCUGUAUAUACAUAACUGGAGUGUUAUAGCGCUCACCACGUCAGGAACGUGUGCCUUUUUAAUAGCAAAAGUUUUUGUAUACGAUUGGCCGAACGCGGCAGAACCAGUGUUCCAAGUAUUCUUAAUCCUGGCAUCAUUCACGCUGUCCUGGGGCGAGGCCUGGUUCCUGGACUUCCGGGUGCUCCCCCAGGAGCUGCAGGCCAAGCAGAUCAUAGAAGCUAUAGCAGGCCAUCACAACCAGAGCUCAGAACGGACGCCGCUCUUACCCGGCAAGCCCCAAGGCGUGGCGUCCACCGUCGGCGAGUCUACUGCCCAUUGGUUUUCACCAGUUGAUUCCCCUGCCGGCACCCCUCGGCCUGGGAUACAUCAGCUAAUACUUACACAAGAGCAGAUAGACGAAUACAAACGGAUGGCAGAAGAGAGUAUGCAGCAAGCCUACAAAGUGAUCACACUGCCGAACUGGAAGUUUGAGAAGCGCGGCGUUACCAAGGGGGACAUCGUGGAAACGAGACAGACGGAGACCUUUGGAAAAGUGUACCGGUUUACUGGUCUAGUAGACUGCCCUGCGGAGUUCCUGUUUAGGGAGUUCAAAGAGAACGUCACCAAACUACCGGACUGGAACCCAACCAUACUACGAAGUGAACUUAUCAAGGAGGUUGGGUCAGGCAUCGACCUGUCGUACCAGGUGACGGCGGGCGGCGGGCGCGGGGUCAUCACGCCGCGCGACUUCGUCAUCCUGCGGCGGUGCGCGCCGCUCAACAAACAGGGUAUGGUGGUGGAAUCGGACCCCUACAGCUACAUCAGCAGCGGGGUCAGCGUCACGGUGCCCGGGUAUCCCCCCAACAAGGAAUUCGUCAGGGGAAACAACAAAGUGGGUUGUUGGUACUUGAAGCCAGUCCUGGUGAGGAUGCCGGACGGUACGGAGACGUACCAGACGCAGUUCCAGUGGCUCAUGUGCUGUGAUCUCAAAGGUAAAAUCCCCCAGUUCGUGCUGGACGCCGCGUUCGCGACCGUGAUGCUGGACUACAUCGUGUACGUGCGGAAGUUCACGGCCGAGGCCAGGGCCAAAGGCUUGUUCUAACUCUAAUGUUUUUAUCUUGUUCCUUCUUCUUGUACAUGAGAACGCAUGAUAAAUUAACCUUUUGACUGCCAAAGACUUCAAAUAGCGCGCGUUUCAGCCCAAUAUCAGCCUUCGUGCAUUGAGACAAGGUUCAUGAUGACGCGCCGCGGACGAUAAGCGUGGAGUAAAGAUUAAACAAAUGCGUGUCUGACUGUUAUGGGACUUCUUACUUACAUAAAAAAAAAACAGAUUGGGACAGACAAAUGAACAUGACAACCAUAUAUCAUUAUCGCGGGAGAAAAAACAAGAAACACAUGUAACAGAAUGUCUAUUUUGAAUGAAUGUGUGUAGCGAGUUGUGCUUCAUAUCUGGCAUGAAGUUUUCCUUGGAAAAAGUUAAUCAAUCUCGUAUUUUCACUAUGUAAACGCUUUCCUAUGAGGCAACGCGUCAACUUGAAUAAUAAGUAACUAAUGUAUUUAAUUUUUAUGUCAGUAUUUACUGCUUAAAGUAUUUCAUUUUGAUUUUAGUUAUAAAUAAACUAAAUUUCAUGUAAUAUUUCUACUGCUACAUUUUGAACUCAUAGGUAGGUAGAAACGUUUACAUGUACAGUCAGAUGCAGAGAAACGUGAC